AUGGCUGGGGACCGACUCCCUCGGAAGGUGAUGGACGCCAAGAAGCUGGCCAGCCUUCUGCGGGGCGGGCCUGGGGGGCCACUGGUCAUUGACAGCCGUUCCUUCGUGGAAUACAACAGUUGGCAUGUGCUCAGCUCUGUCAACAUCUGCUGCUCCAAGCUGGUGAGACGCAGGCUGCAGCAAGGCAAGGUCACCAUCGCCGAGCUGGUCCAGCCAGCCUCUCGAAGCCAGGUGGAGGCUGCAGAACCACAGGACGUGGUAGUAUAUGACCAGAACACACGGGACGUCAGCGUGCUAGCUGCAGACAGCUUCCUUUCGCUCCUGCUCAGCAAGCUGGACGGCUGCUUCGACAGCGUGGCCAUCCUCACAGGGGGCUUUGCCACCUUCUCAUCCUGCUUCCCCGGCCUCUGUGAGGGUAAGCCGGCUGCCCUGAUGCCCAUGAGCCUCUCCCAGCCCUGCCUGCCUGUACCCAGCGUGGGUCUGACCCGCAUCCUCCCUCACCUUUACCUGGGAUCUCAGAAAGAUGUCCUGAACAAGGACCUGAUGACCCAAAAUGGAAUAAGCUACGUCCUCAACGCCAGCAAUUCGUGCCCCAAGCCGGACUUCAUUUGUGAGAGUCACUUCAUGCGUAUCCCUGUCAAUGACAAUUACUGUGAAAAGUUGCUGCCCUGGCUGGACAAGUCCAUCGAGUUCAUCGAUAAAGCCAAGCUGUCCAGCUGCCAAGUCAUCGUGCACUGUCUGGCCGGCAUCUCCCGCUCCGCUACCAUCGCCAUCGCUUACAUCAUGAAGACCAUGGGCAUGUCCUCGGAUGACGCCUACAGGUUCGUGAAGGACCGGCGGCCGUCCAUCUCGCCUAACUUCAACUUCCUGGGCCAGUUGUUGGAGUAUGAGCGCAGCCUCAAACUGCUGGCCGCCCUGCAGGGCGACGGAGCGCCCCUCCCAGGGACCCCUAAUCCCCUCCCAGGGCCCACAGCCCCCCUGCUGCCGCUGCCACCACCUACCUCAGAGAGCGCCACCACUGCAGCCAGGGAGGGCGCACCAGGCGCGGGCGGGGAGCUCCUGGCGCCGACCUCCGCACCCGUCACCAGUGCGCUGCAACAGGGCCUGCGCGGCCUGCACCUCUCCUCCGACCGCCUACAGGACACCAACCGCCUCAAACGUUCCUUCUCGCUGGACAUCAAGUCGGCCUACGCACCUAGUCGGCGGCCCGAGGGUCCAGGGCCCCCCGAUCCUGGCGAGGCCCCCAAGCUCUGCAAGCUGGACAGCCCCGGAGGUGCCCUGGGCCUGCCAUCGCCGGGGGCCGACAGCCCGGACGCGGCGCCUGAGGUGCGCCCACGUCCCCGGCGGCGCGCACGGCCCCCAGCCGGCUCCCCAGCGCGUUCGCCCGCUCAUGGCCUGGCCCUGAACUUCGGUGACGCGAACCGGCAGACUCCGCGGCACGGCCUCUCAGCUCUGUCGGCGCCUGGGCUUCCCGGCCCCGGCCAGCCCCCCGGAGGCUGGGCGCCACCACUGGACUCUCCGGGCACGCCAUCGCCCGAUGGGCUCUGGUGCUUCAGCCCUGAGGGCGCAGGCGGCGUGGGCGGCACGCGCUUUGCCCCCUUUGGCCUGCCGGGCUCGCCGAACGCAGGCGGUGGCGGUUGUGACCUGCGGCGGCGGGAGGUGGCGCGGGCCGAGUCCCGGGACGCGCGGACCGGCUGGCCCGAGGAGCCGGCCCCCGAGACGCAGUUCAAACGUCGCAGCUGCCAGAUGGAGUUCGAGGAGGGCAUGGUGGAAGGGCGCGCUCGCGGCGAGGAGCUGGCCGCCCUGGGCAAGCAGGCAAGUUUCUCCGGCAGCGUGGAAGUCAUCAAGGUGUCGUGA